AUGGAUUGUAGUACUCCACUUCGCAACCCGCAAAUGCAACUCCAUGAAAUGGCUGAUAAUAUCGCCAAUGUCACUGGAUCAGCGUUUGGGCCCGCGGAGACCCUAUGCCGUGUUCUAUAUAGGCUUGGAAUAACGCGUAAGAAGGUAAGCUGUGACAUUUUCAAUAAGUUAGUAUGGCUGGCCAUAACACACAUAUUGUUUCACCGAGCCGGCCUAUGAGCAAUGAUUAAUACGUCUUAUAAUAAAAAAAUGUGAUAAUUUUGAAAACUGAUUUCCUUUUCUCCAGAUACAGAGAGUUGCUCUUCAGCAAAACGAGAACGUAUUUAGCCCAAACCAACUAGUUUUUGUCGAUGAAACUGGUACUGUAUGUAGGCGAACAAAACAUAUAAUUAUACCUGUCGUUUUACUGUUAAGAACUGAUCGCAUUCCUAUAUUUAUUUAGCUGUACUUUUGUUUAAGGAUAAACGGAUAACUCGUCCCGUCGUCCGUGAUUACAGCUAUGCUCGGUGGGCACCUCAUUAUUCGGCUAUAUCAGCAAAUUCGAGUGAUGAACCGUUCAACGGGGAAAACCCGCGAUCUGUAUCGUCAUUAAUGUAA